CAGAGAGACUGCGAGAAGAACGAGGGAUGUGCGAGACAGGGAGAACCAGCUUCAGAAUAUGAUUGCUGUUGCCUGAUAACACAGAUACCUAUUUGCUCACACUGUGGACAAUGUUGUUGUUUUGUUCGUCUGAAGAUGGUUCUAGUCUCGGUGCCUGACAGUGUCAUGAGAGUGAGCCUUGGAAUUGUUCUUUUCAUUAGCAUCUUAUAUUCUGCAUCUGCAGCUUUGAAGAUACUGCAUCUCUUUACCUGAGGCAUACACUUUUAAGUCUACACUGGGAUCUCUAUGUAAGCAGAAAACCAAGGCUUGCCAUUAGGAAAUCAACCUGUCAAUUUCACGAGCACGCAGAUGAGGAAGGGGCCAGGGGUUCAGAAACAAAAUGGUCAGUUGUUCUCACCUGCUGUAAAGCCCCCCCGAAAAUAAAAUCACUUGCAGAUUAUUCCUGUCUUUCCAUGAUGUAAAUGAAGCUUGACAUUUCCCCUAAUGGGCAGUUAAACCAUGGACCUUAAAAGAACUCUUUGGACUGGCCUCCUAAUUUGGAUUUAGCACUGCCGGCGCUGAGCUGUGAAAGGAUUAUCGUUACAAAAGGUAGAGGGAAAUUUCCAAGCAAGUUUCCUACCAUGAGAAUUACGACCACAUCCUGCCUCUGCCCUGUCUUGGUCUGCCUCUGCUUUGUUCAGAGGUGCUAUGGGACAUCUCAUCAUAGUUCAAUGAAAGUGACUAAAAAUCAAACCAAGCACAUAGAAGGGGAGACUGAGGUGCACCAUCGGCCAAAGCGUGGAUGGGUCUGGAACCAGUUCUUUGUUUUAGAAGAACACAUAGGACCGGAGCAUCAGUAUGUAGGAAAGCUUCACUCGAAUUCUGAUAAAGGGGAUGGAUCAGUCAGAUACAUUCUUACUGGUGAAGGGGCUGGGACUAUAUUUCUCAUUGAUGAGACCACAGGAGACAUCCAUGCCACCAAAAGUCUGGAUCGUGAAAAGAAGGCACACUAUGUGUUGCAUGCACAAGCCAUUGACCGCUGGACAAACAAGCCCCUGGAACCGGAAUCAGAGUUUAUUAUUAAAGUGCAAGACAUCAAUGACAAUGCACCUAAAUUCACUGAUGGACCAUUCGUUGCCAAUGUACCGGAAAUGUCUGACGUUGGAACCUCUGUUCUUCAGGUGACAGCUACAGAUGCAGACGACCCAACUUAUGGAAACAGUGCCAGGGUUGUGUACAGUAUUCUACAGGGACAGCCCUACUUUUCUGUUGAUCCCAAAACUGGUGUCAUCAGGACUGCCUUAGCCAACAUGGACCGGGAAGCCAGAGAACAGUAUUCUGUUGUCAUUCAAGCCAAAGAUAUGGCCGGACAGAUUGGAGGACUGUCGGGGUCGACUACAAUAAAUAUUACUCUAACUGAUGUCAAUGACAAUCCACCCAAAUUCCCCCAAAAAAAUUAUGAGCUGUAUGUACCAGAAUCUGCUGAAGUUGGCAAAGCUGUUGGCAAAAUUAAGGCAAAUGAUGAUGAUACUGGAAUUAAUGCAGAGAUAAAGUACAUCAUCACAAAUGGAGAUGGGUCUUCGGUUUUCACCAUCUCAACUGACAAAGAGACUAGGGAAGGCAUCAUUUCACUGAAAAAGCCAUUGAACUAUGAGAAAAAGAGAAGCUAUAUUAUCCACAUAGUGGGUGCAAAUACACACACAGAUCCUCAGUUCUCGCACCUUGGACCAUUUAAAGACACAACUACUCUGAAGAUCACAAUUGGAGAUGUUGAUGAGCCGCCUUUGUUUUCAAUGACUUCUUAUGUGAUGGACGUGUAUGAAAAUGCAAAGAUGGGGACCCUGGUAGGAGCAGUCACAGCACAGGACCCUGACCGUUCCAACAGUCCGAUCAGAUAUUUCAUUGACCGUAGCUUACAUGGAGAUCGGUAUUUCAACAUAGAUGCCAACAGUGGAGCGAUUAAGACUGCAAAAACCCUUGACCGAGAAGAAAUGCCAUGGCAUAACAUCACAGUGAUUGCUUCUGAGGUUGACAACCCCAGUCUCCUUAGUCACGUUCCAGUUUCCGUUCAGGUUUUGGAUGUCAAUGACAACCCACCUGAGCUUGCCAGUGAUGACGAUGUAGUUGUUUGUGAAAAUUCCAGACCCGGUCAGGUAAUUCAAACAAUAAGUGCGGUCGACAAAGAUGACUUUGCAAAUGGACCAAGAUUCUUCUUUUCUCUUGCUGAUGAACUUCCCAAUAACCCUAAUUUUACACUGAAGGAUAAUGAAGAUAACACAGCCAGUAUUUUGGCAAGAAGACGAAGAUUCAGUCGGGUAACCCAGGAAGUGUAUUACCUACCAAUUGUGAUCUCUGAUGGAGGUAGCCCAUCCCACAGCAGUACCAGUACCCUUACACUCAGAGUGUGUGCCUGUGGGAGAGAUGGGAAAGUGAGAACUUGCCAUGCAGAACCAUUCCUGUCCUCUGCUGGACUAAGCACAGGAGCCCUCAUUGCCAUUCUACUUUGUAUCAUCAUUCUACUUGCCAUUGUUGUACUAUUCGUUACACUGAGACGAAGCAAGAAGGAGACACUGAUUAUUUCUGAGGAAGAUGUCAGAGAAAAUGUAGUUACUUAUGAUGAUGAAGGAGGCGGGGAGGAGGAUACAGAAGCCUUUGACAUCAUAACGUUAAGGAACCCAGCAGCAGCAGAAGAACUGAAGUUCCGAAGAGAUGUGAUGCCAGACAUACAGAGGGUUCGGAGGCACAGCCCACCAUUGGUCCUUGAUGGGGUGGAUGUACCCGAGUUUAUUAAGCAAAGACAGAUAGAAGCUGACCUUGACACCAGUGUUCCUCCUUACGAUUCUCUUCAGACGUAUGCAUAUGAGGGUCGGGGAUCACCCCCAGGGUCAAUCAGUUCUCUGGAUUCAGCAACCACGCACUCUGAGCAGGAUUAUAAUUACAUUUGUGACUGGGGACCAGAAUUUCUAAAACUGUCAGAACUCUUCGGAGAAGAGUCACAACAAACCACUUAGCUUGUGUUACUGUAAAGCAAAACUGUGAGUUAAAUGAAAGAAAAAAAGCUUCAGAAGUUGUUCACUUUUACUGUAGAAACAAAUGCCCUUUUCAUUUUUUGAACUUGGGUUCUACAAGUACAAAAAAAGAAACCUGAUUUUGAAAAUACAAAAAAAAAAGGAAAUUAUUUUCCGUGGUGUAUAUUUUUUAUUGCUGAAUAAAGUCCAUAGCUCCAGAUAAGUAAAUAUAUGUGAUGAAAUAUAAACAAUGAUUUAUUUUCUAUUUUAUUUGUCAUUUCAUGAAUUGGUUUUGCAAAAUGAUAAAGACUUGCAAAAAAAAAAAAAAAACUCAAAAGGUCUUUCAUUAUGUAACAUUAAGCCUGAUUUUAAUGCCGUCUGUAAUAAAUAAAUACAGGAUUUAUUUUGAUGCCUCGGAAACAGAAACAUGUGUUUUAACAGCAUGUAAUACAAAACCAAAAAUGGAGAAAACUGUGACCAAUUCAGUAAUAAUGGAGUAAAACAGGCUCUAGUUAUACUAGAUGAGGCCUUAAACUGAUGUUCUCUUUUCUCUUUGGAGAUUAAAGAUACAAGUGCAGUCUUUCAAAGAAGAGGAGGGUUUCAUCCAGUCUUCAGUUACCAUGUACAUCUCAGUGGCGCUAUCCAGCAUACAUAUCUUCAAAUAAAUGAUAUGUGCCAUUGUAAAUACAAUUAGUUCAUGGUAUUUCUAUGUAAAAAAGACACAUUUAAAUUAUAAAGUGGCCAGUCCCAAUCUCACAUAAAAUACCGUGAGUGGUUUUAUGAUAAUUUUACUUCUCUUUUCUUCAUAGGAUUUCUUACUUUUCUAUGUGAAGCCAAAUAUUCAGAUGGCUGUUGAUUUAUUUUUGUUGCCAACAGUAUACUCUAAGAAGGAUCUCAAUUAUAUUGAGUGACAAAGUGUAAGAGCUGCAUGGUGUGCAAUUGUAAAGAUAUGUUAUUUUGUAGUUUGAGCACCUAUAAAUAUUCAGUUUUGCUGUUCUUUCACCCAAACUGCAUGAGAUGGCAUCUCUUAUACACAAAGAACACUACACAUAUUACAUUAUAAAACAGUUAUUUGGUAGUGCAGUAAUAAGAAUAAUACUCUCCAUCCAAACACCAAAUAUGCCACUGUAUGAAUGUUAACAGAAAACAAAUUGUUUAAGAGCUGGGAUAGUUGUCUUUUAAUAACCACUUAGGGCCAAUUACUUUACAAAAUGGGGGUCACACAAUAACAGAUUUUCAUCCCUUUUUAUUAUUUGACAGUCAUAAAUACAAAAAAAAGUUUUCUGACUUAAAGACAUGAACGCUAGUAAAAUAAAUCCAUAAAAGGUACCAUGUAUUCAUUAUUAUUAACAAUUGUUAGGUGUCAUAUUCCAGUUUAUAAGAACAAGGAAACGAUUCAAGAAGCUUAUAUUGAGAUUCUGAAAGUGCCAUCUUGAACUUGAUAAAUCUAAAAACAUUCCCAGAUGCGGAGAAGUACUUCUUGAAGGUCUGUCCCACAAAGGAACUUCAGUGUAAAGGUAUAUCUGAAUCCCACCCUGCCUCUCUGAUGCUGAGAAGCCCAGUAACUGUUUCCAUAGCCUAAAUUAGACCGCAAUUCUUAUGACAAUCAGCUAUAGCCUGCUUUAUGUAUUUAUUUAUUUGAUUUGAUUUCUUAGUUAAAUGAAAUUGUUUCUGGAAUAGGCAUCAACUGGUCUGUGGGUAUGAAUCCAGUUUCUUAGAUCCAGAGUUUAUUGUUCUUUUGAAAUACAAGUAAUCAUUUGGGGAAUCCACUGAAGAAUGGGGUGCUGAUCUCCCUUUGAAACAAUUUCAAUUCAAGAAAGAACAGACAAACAGACUGCAAAUAAUGAUGAUUAGUCUCAGAUUGGCAGUAUGAAAUGGUAAUAUUUCAAUUUAGGUAAAUAAAAAAAAAUAUUAAUGAAUUAGUUUACUCAAAUUUUCUUUUAAAUGUAAAUCCGGUUAUUUUUUAGAAUUAAAUUAAGCCUGUGGCUCUUUGUUUUAGUUAGUCACAAUAGGAUAUUUUUGAACACACACACAUUUUAUAUAUAUAUAUAUAUAUAUAUAUAGACACAGUAAAGGUUAACUCACAUUUAAAUCAAUAUACUUUUUAUUCCAUCAUCACUGAAGUUCUCAUUAACAGUGAUUUGGUUUUUGUGGUAUGGUGCUGCUCCUGCACUCAUUUAUUACCUAAAGUCAACAUUUUAUUUUGCUAUUUCAUUAGUGCAUUCAUCAAGGGUGCAUAUUGUCACUCACUAGCAGACAGCUCACAUUGCAUAUGCCUCAGUGACAAGGUAUUUUAGGGGUUAUCUUUGUUUAAGACUGUACAUCGAAAUGCCCAAAGGCAAUGAAAAAUAGCUUAAUUCAUCCCACUUUGUUAUUUUUUUUUUUUAAUCCAACAAUAUGAUAUGAAACAUUGUUUACUUCAUUGUAUGUAUUGUUAACACAGAUUUUCACAAACACAGGUGUACAAAAAAGCACUUUAUUUAAAUACAUUGAAAACAAAUGUUUCUGCUUCAAUAACAGCUUUAGUAUUUUACAAUCUGACCAGGAAAAUAUCUUUAAAAAGAGCCUACCUUUUGUUUUUGUACACACGCUUGAUUCUUAAUAACUUUUGGAUUUCCUAUGAGACAAAAUUAGGGGCAAACAAUAGUAACAAUGUAAACAAUGUAUUAUUACAAUGUAACUGAUUUAACUGUGCUACCUGAGUUAGUAUACAUUUUUCUAUAUACUUCAAGUGCUUGUAAACAUCACUUAGGUAUUGUGUAAUGACUUAGUUGUAAUCUAAUUAAACAUGACAUUGUGUCGAGGUUAACUGUU